AUGACCGGUAUGGUUCAGACUGACCUAGCUCAUCCACCCGCAACUAGAUUCAAAGACGAGCCUGCAGAAGAUCCCCUUCGGUAUCAAGGCGCGCAGCCCCCUCAUCUUCAGCAUCCCCGACCUACGACCCUCAUACAACCACCAAAGCGACUGGGUUCCCCCCACCAGCCUCCGACUACCUUGUCUUCGGGAAAUUUUACCCCUCACCCUUUAGCGAGCGGAAUUUUGCAUCAUCAUCCCUACGCUCAAUCGCAGGAACAAUCUUACUACGCGCCCCAAUCCUCCUAUACGACAGCGAGUGCGCCGAGUCAGUACCCAUCGAGUGGCCCCCCUGAGAUCAUGGCAACCGCCGCGCAAAUGCAGAGGCCAUAUCCUCCGAUCUAUCACACGCCUCAGUCUAGUUCGCCCGCGUCAGUAGCGUCACAAACCCACGAGCCGCACGGUAGAAACAUCUACACACAAUCACCGCAGAUGACGUCUCAGAUGUACGGUUACCCACCGUACUCUCCAAUGAACCCUGUUCAGCCUUCACAAUAUGGCCCAAAUGCAUCACCUCAGCAGCAUCCACUUACGACCCAGUCGUUGAUGAUCCCACACCAGACCAGUACCGCACAGUUGCCUCACCAUCCCACUCAAGCCCCGACUGGUGCUAUUACUAGCAGCCCCACGUCUACAGUGCAGCAACCGACUCCCCCUCAGAGGGCGAUGCUAAACCCACCGCUCCCUGCGGCGACGGCUACACCCAUAUCAGCUAGUACUGUUCACCACCAGAGCUCAAAUGUCGGGGCAAGUUCUAGUGCAGCACCCGGGCCAAUCCCUGCCACGACACCUCUUGUUGUUAGACAAGACAGCAACGGAGUCCAGUGGAUUGCGUUUGAAUACUCUCGAGACCGGGUGAAAAUGGAGUAUACCAUCCGAUGCGACGUUGAGUCUGUUAGUGUGGAUAAUCUUAGCUCGGAUUUCAGGUCCGAGAACUGUGUAUACCCUCGUGCAUGCGGCGGCAAAGAUAAUUAUCGAGGUAACCGUCUGGUGUACGAAACAGAAUGCAAUACCGUUGGGUGGGCGUUGGCCGAGCUGAACCCUGCGUUAAGAGGGAAGCGUGGUCUGAUUCAAAGAGCUGUGGAUAGCUGGAGGAAUAGCAACCAAGAUCCACGUCUUCGAAGUCGCCGUGUGCGAAGGAUGGCUAAAUUGAACAGACGACAGGGGCUUCCAGCACAGCCGCCACCCCACAUGGCACCGUCGACGCCGGUUCCUCCAGGUAUCCCAGCUGCCAGCAUGGCUGCGGCCGCUUCCCGGCCAGGCCUGGGACCCUUGACCAUGGGUCCCCCGCAGUUACACCAUCACCAUGCCCAACCCGAUGGAGGUGCAAACCAUGAGGAAGUCAGCGGUCCUCCUGACUUCUCGAACGGUAUCCACCGUCCACCUACCUCUGAUCAUCCGCCGCCUGGACCAUCCCCUACAGAUAUCCGCAAUGCUCAAGUGUUCCAUGGGUUUCACUCCUAUCCCACACCGGGGAGUAUUGGCGGAGGACCGCGAGGCCCUUCGAUACCGCCACUUCUCCGCGAGAGUGGUAUAGGGGGUUUAGGGCGGCCCCCAACUGUUGCGACUGCUAGCCGCAUUGAAGAAGUGGACGAGGACGAGGACGAGCAAAACCCAAGCACUGAAGCUCUCUUCGGCACUCCUCCCGGGGGAAAGCCUCGCAAAUUUAUACUCGUGGACGACACCCAACGGGGUGCCCGCGUCCGGGUUAAGGUUUCUUUGGACCUAGUUGACAUGGAUGAGAUUCCGGACUCCUACCGUAGGAUGAACUCGGUAUUUCCCCGGACCUAUUUCCCCGUCCAAAUGCGAAGCCCUCGCACUUCUGUUGUACCUGGCAACCGGUUCAUCAAGGAUCACUCCGAGCUGGACGACGAAGACGAAGAACUACCAACAGCUGGAAGAGUCAUGGUUCCCGUUCCUCAGAUCGAUGGUGAAAGUGAGAUUGCAGUUCCACGAUUGUCUCGAGGUCGACGGCGGAAGGAGGUUCUCCUCAACGACUUGGCCUACCGGAUAAGCUGGAGCCAAAGCCGAGUCUUUGCAGGACGGAUGAUGUUUCUGCAGCGAUCCCUGGACGCAUACCGUAACAAGAUGCGCGCCGCAAUGCUAGCGGAGGGCCAAGAAGCUUCGGCGAUUCCGCAACAUUUUGAGACGCGAGCGGGAAAGCGACGCUUCCUCGAGCGCAAGCGACGAGUCACACCAGCCCGAGACGCCACGGCACAUAUUUUGUCGGCCUCCCGACGCAGUGCUGAAGAAGUUGAAGCUUGA